UCUAUUCUAUUAUCUUUAGUCAGACUAUACUAGACUAUACUCUAUAGCCACUAUAGGUCUAGAUAGAUCAAUCUAGAUUUAGAAUAGUCUAAUAGUUAAAGUCUAUCGUUCUCUAUUGUGCUUAUCCAGAUAGUCUAAAAGCUAGGUCUAGAUCUACUGUGAGCAUUGAAUUUUGCAAUUUAGAUAGAAUCUAGUAGACUAGAGACUAGAUUGUCACUAGAAUGACUAGAUCACUAGAUAGUAUAUAGAUCUAGUAUAUACUAGUCUAGUAGAGACCUAGAUCUAGAAUCUAGUAUCUAGACUAGAGUCUAGGCCUAGGAAUCUUAGUCUAGUGUAAGUGUGUAGUUCUAGUGUCUUUCGGAUUACUUUUAGUUUAUUUCGGGCUUAGAUAGCAGUAAUCGUUUUUUUUUCUAUUUAAAAUUCAAGACUAUUCACUAUUCAGUUCACCUAGAUUAUGUCUCAUUGAAUUACAGUAUUGCUGAGUAUUCUCAUUUUUCUGUCCAGUACUAUUUUUGAGAAGUCAAGUUUCAUAAGUUUGUUGAACCAUUGGAUAGUUUGUGCAAUGGUGGAGGAAAGCAGUAUUCACCCUAUAGACUGCCAUGAUGGAAGUUGGGGAUAACCAGCCACUCAGGCUAGAUAGCAGGCAGGAUAGACCAUCAAAAAUUAUUCUCAGUGUGUCCAAUUUUGUCCAGAAAUCUAAACUGGCCAGUGGUCCAACCCAGCUGACUCCUGGGGUGACCAUAAAUGGCCAGGGGAUUGAUUUGAAUCAGAACUGCACUGCCCCUAGUCAUUUGGACCUGACUUCCAUGGAGGGAGACACUUUUUACAAAAAGUCAACGACCAGCCCUGUAGUCAGCAAUGGCAGUGACAGACAGACUAAUGGGGACACUCUUACACAGGGCGAAGGUUCUCCAUUACAUACUACAAACACUGAUGUCAGACUACCUACAGAGGAGGAGUUGUUGAAACAGCUGGAAGAGGCAAACAGAAUGUUGGAAGCGGAUGAAAAGUCUCACAUCGCCAGGGCGGUGUUCUCAACCACACCUGGUCAUUCCCGCAAAGGAUCUGGCUCUAGCAUAGUGUCCAGCACUUCCUCCAACAGUUUCUACAGCCCCCAGAAUUCAAAUGAAGGUGAAGAGGCCAAUGCUAUACUCAACCCGCGGUCACCCAUACAAAGAAAGACUUUUAAGCUCAACCUACAGAAAGCUAACAAAGACAGGAGGAAGUUCUCAGGUGAGGGCCAGGCUAAACCUAAAGCAUCAGUCCGGAGAGGGUCAGUGCAGAGCCGGGUCAGCACCAGCUCCCUGGAGCAGAAUGCAGACACUGGCGAGGAUAAUGUCUUUCUGGGUUCCUCCAGUGAAACACUCUGGGAUAUCUGGGGUAGGAUCAUCAAUGACUGGGACUCGGUCAAGAAAAAGCCAACAUUCUUGAAGGAGCUUGUACGGAAAGGAAUUCCUCAUGAGUUUCGCGGAAUGGCCUGGCAAAUGAUUCUAGGUGUCAACGACUCUCCUUACAAACAGGAGUAUGCAGAACACAUGAAGAAGACAUCUCCCUCAGAGAAACUCAUUCGCCGUGACAUAGCACGCACUUUCCCCGACCAUGAUUUCUUUAAAGAGAAAGAUGGCUUUGGCCAGGAAAGUUUGUUCAAUGUCAUGAAGGCCUACUCUUUACACGACAGAGAAGUUGGUUAUUGUCAGGGUAGUGGAUUUAUUGUUGGCCUUCUUCUCAUGCAGAUGCCUGAGGAAGAUGCCUUUGCUGUGUUAGUUCGCUUGAUGCAGGACUUCAGGCUUAGAGAACUCUUCAAACCAAGCAUGGCUGAACUUGGUCUAUGUAUGUUUAAGCUGGAAUGUCUCAUACAAGAACUGCUGCCAACUUUACUCAUACACUUUCAAACACAAAACUUUGAUACAUCCAUGUAUGCUUCAUCCUGGUUUUUAACAUUGUAUGUCACAUCAUUGCCUUUGUCUCUAGCACGUAGGAUUAUGGACUUGUUUGUCUCAGAGGGUAUGGAGAUAAUAUUUCGAGUGGGUGUGGCCAUACUACAGUCCUGUCAGGAAGACUUACUAGCCCUUGAUAUGGAGGGUCUGCUCAAAUACCUACAGAAAGACUUGCGGAGCAGAUUUGAACAAGAACCAGAUCAAGAGAAUUUGUUGUCCACAGCUUACAGCAUCAAGUACAGCCAGAAGAAGAUGAAGAAGUUAGAAAAAGAAUAUACUGCAUUGAAGACCAAAGAAAAUGAAGAUCAAAUAGAAUUAAGGAGGUUAAGAACAGAAAACAGACUAUUGCGUCAACGCAUUGAAAAUUUGGAGAAGGUGGAAGCCAAAUUACUUCGUCAGAAAGAAGAGUCUACAACUCUUGCUGAUAAGCUUGUCCAGGACCAGGUGACAUGGGCUCAGGAAGUAGAACAAUCCUAUGCACUCAGAAAUGAGCUGAGCAUCACUCGACUCCAGCUCCAGGAGACGCAGAAGAAACUUCUGGAUGCUGAGGACAUCAUUGGAGAUAUUCGCAAACGAACUAGAAUUAUAGAAGAUGCUGUCCAUCUUGAUGAAGCUGAAGAAUGCAACAUGGUGAAGUAUUUACAAGAGGAGUUGAUAGCAGUUAGAUUAAGAGAAGCAGAAACUGCUGGAACCAUUAAAGAACUCAGGCAGAAAAUUGUAGAUUUAGAAGAUACCAACUUAAGGCUACAAAGAGCACCUAGCAAUGAUGUCCAGCAGCUUCAAGAAGAAUUAAUUGCUGUCAAGUUAAGAGAAGCUGAAGCCAAUCUUUCCAUGAAAGAACUUCGCAUGAAAGUGAAUGAGAUAGAGUCAUAUUGGGAGUCUCACAUGGAGAGGAUUCGUCAAGCCUCACCCAAGGACAAGGGUAGCAAGGCUGAGGUGAAACAUCUCCAGGAGGAGUUAAUGGCACUGAAAAUCAAAGAAGCAAAAUCUGUAGCAGAUCUGAAGGAUGCUAAACAAAAGUUGAUGGAACUAGAAACACAGAAUCAGAUUUGCACCAAUCAAAUCCGAAGAAUGGUAGAGGACAACAAAGAAUUGAAGAAACAGCUUGAAGAAGCCUUGGAGAGAGAGAGGGACCUUAAGUCCAACAUCAAAGAUCUCACAAGAAAACUGGACGACACAGAGAGCCAAAGGAAGGAAGAGGCCAUGAUGUCCAGGAUUAAAGAGGCAGAGAAUGUCCAACAGCUAGAGGAGCUGAGGCACAAAAUAGCAGAAAUAGAUAUUCAGAAAGAGGAAUUGUUAGCUGCUGGUCAGCUUCAUGACAAGGGAGAGAAUCAAGAAUUGGAAAAUAAACUUGCUGAUUUACAAGAUGAGGUCCUACAGCUGCAGCUUUCUUUUUCCUCCAACCACACUGGCAACAGAUCAUCAAUCAUGACGGACAGUUUCCUGGGAAAUAACUCAGACGAAGAGGUUGAUGCAGAGAUAAAAGAUUCUGAAAAUCUUGACCAGACACUCUCAGACAUUAUAGAGGGUAGGAGUAAAUCUUGCUCCAGCAGCUCUGUUGGUGAUACAGACGAGAGCAGCACAUCUGUUUUGGGGGUUGGACAUUUCUUAUCUCCUUCUCGGAACAACGAUUUAAGACAAAGGGGCCUGCCAACUGAUAUUUCCUCUGCACACACCGUAGAGGACACAAUUCACUCUAGUCCAGAUCAUGCCAACAGCAUGGUCAUCAAUCAUCACGUCACCUCUGCUGCUGAUGCAGGGGGAGAUCAUUCAAUCUCAGGGGAGAAAAAUGUGAAAGAAAAAGCACAAAGAAGGAGCACCCAGUCCCUACGUGACUUAUCAGAUGCUUGACAUAAAUUUUGAUUUUACUUAGACCUUCUGCACUGUGCAUGUCCUCCUGUCCUAAGGCUUACCUAGACUGCCAGCCAACUACCUUACCUAUGCAUGUGAACUGAUGUCUACAAGUGUUUGAGCAUGAAGUCUUAAGUUGACCUGUGCAUAGUUCUCUUUUAUUUAUAUACAUUUUUUUUUCUCUAAAUUAUCACUGAAUUCUCCAUGCAUGCUUGUACAAAGAAUGAAAAUCUAUAUUUAUACACCAUUGGCCAUUAAGUCUUUCUGUCUUGAUAUUCAGUAAUAUUUGUGUAUAUUUGAAUUAGAACACUCAGCAUGUAUAAAUCCCAAUUAAAUGUGUGUAUAAAAGAUUAACAAUUACAUUUAUGUUUCCUGGAAAUAUUGACCCUUUUUUUUCCCCUCUAGAACUAUAGAAGCCUACCUCAUUGUUUUAAGGAAAUCAAUAGCAUGGCAGACCCUCUAAAGUGAAAUAGGUUAAAAAGUAACUUGGUCUAUUUUAAAUAACACUUGAAAAUGAUUCAUCUAUAUAAUAUUUAGUGGUAUUUGUUAAUCAAAUAGUUUUAAACUAGAAUAAAAUUGUACUGCUACAUAAUCCUGGUUAUUUUUUCAUGAUGGUGUCUCCCUACAGUUUUGAGGUCACCCUUCCUAAUGGGUAUAUGGUAUAUAAAAAGAGCAUCCUUUUGUUUAACUGAGCCAUAGAUUCAUAUUUCUUUUUCACGAAUGUUAUAAAUAGUAAAAAACAAAACCUAUCCUCACACAAUAAACAUUUUUGUCUGAUGGUUUUAUCUAAAAUACCAUGUUAAAUGUUGUCAGUGGGUAAAAUCUCUCUAAAUGUUUUGUUCAUUAAAAUCUAAAAAAUGAAUUCUAUCUCUAGGCUACUUGUUUUGAUGCAAAGGGUCAAGUUAGACCACGAAAUGUGGCUUGCCAUGGCACAAGGGGUUCAGUUUUUUAUUCCACAAGUCUUAUCAGCAUGACACUGUGUGACUGAUUGCUAAAGUGUACACUUGGUUUUUUAUCUGGUUAAAGCAUGUUUUGUAUGUGUGUGUGUUUUUGGUAUUAAGUAGAUUAUUGAUUGAUGUUAUUUCCUUUGAUAUUUUGUUUUAAUUUGUUGAAACACAAAAAAAAAAGUGUGUUAGAAACUAAAUGAAUCAUUGUGUGUUGUUAAGUCAAACCUCAGAACUAGAAUGCUAGUUUUUUAUUUCCCAAACUAGUUGAUCAUCCAUUUCAGAAGUACAUCUUUUAAGAAAACUCAACAUGACCCACUAAAAAGUAAUUCUGAUUUCAGCCCAUAUAAAGUGAAGCAAAACUUUGACAAAAUCCAAAUGUAAAGUAUGGUAAAUUUGCGCAUAUAAGCCGCGGUUUAAAAAUAUUUUUUUUACAAACGAAUGUGUGGGAUUUACACAAUUAAAAAAUUGAUUUUACUCAUAAUCAUAGCAGAAUUGAAAACUAUGGACAUACCGGUGGAUCUUUCUACCUCCUAUAGAUGGCUGUGUGGUUGUGAAAUAUACAUUGGAACACUUUAGGAACAUCUCAUUCUAAACCUCAAGAAAACAAAUAAGACUGAGGAUAAUACUUUAUGUACUGAUUGUUUAUGGCAAGUCACGCUUUGCACAUGCAGGGUAUAUAAGGGUGCCGUUUUUUUAUUUUUUACCUUUUUUGUGUGUGGGUUAUACGCAUAUGCAGGUUAUAUGCAGGAAAAUAUGGUAUGUGUAUCCAAAUAUAUGUUAUGGGGCUGAAAUCACUGGGUUUAAAGUUGUUUAUUAGAGCAAUCUUUUGUUUUGAAACAACUAUCUCCAUACAAGUUUAUUUCUCUGUCCCCCAUCUUUAUUUAUAUAGUUAUCUCUGUACAACAGAACUUAUGGCAUUAUCUCUUUCUUGUGAUCUCAGACCUAGUGUUUAUCCAUUGGGCUGUCACCAAAAUGUAAUUUAACAAUGAUAGAUUGAUUGUAAGUAACUUUCAUUCAAUUUUAAACUUAAUAAUAUAAUAAUGAUUAAUUUCCCCAAAUAUUGCCAUGUAGUCUCUCCCUCUAAUUCUGAUGUACCCAUAAUCAAUACUUAAAAUAUUAUACUGCUCUUCUAAAACUUGAAUGUGUAGCAAGGACUAGAUCCUAGUAUAUUCUAUUAAAUUUUAAUUUCACAAAAUCAAGCCUAUAAUUUCAUUAUCAUUAGUGUGAAUCUUAGAGAAGACAUUGAGACACUUUUGGUAGUGGUGGUGGCAGCUGUCUUAGUGUUCCGACUGUUUUGAUCUCUGCUACUUAACACAACAACUGUGGUAAUAAAACUUGUAUAUAUACAAACUCGUUUUUACAAUAGUCCAUUUGGAACGGUAAAGAUAACAUAUUGCCAGUAUGUAUAUAGCUGUGUAUAAAGAAUUAUUUGUCUGGAUUCAGUUUUGUUUGUCACAGUCUUUCACAGUUUUUAAUCACAUUUAUUGUGUGUGUGAUAUAUGUCUGUGGUGAAAGCUGCUAUGAUAUGGUCAUACCAAACUCAGUCAUUUCUCAAUCAUAAAUGAGCUAUGCAUAUAUUGUAGUCUGGCAUCUUUUAUGUCUCCAGUGUGUGACAUUUAAAGUCUUUUUACUGUUGUGCUAAUCCCAUGGGAAGAUGUUAUCAUAUUCAGUGUGUGUGUGCACAAGGUGAGCGAUUUUGUGUUUGUCUUGUUACCAUGGAAUGUGUGUUUAUUUUGAUAAUAGUGUCUUAGUAUCCCACCAACUCUUUGACUUGUUCACACAAAUAAAAAAAACUUUCAAUUUA